CGCAACUGUACUAAGACAAGUUUGCCUGAGGUGUUGAUAUCUCUUCUUCAAACUUCAAAACGCACUAAUUAUUACUUCUCUUACAACCUUUCACACCCAAAUUCCCGCAAUGGCCGACCAGAAAGCAUCUAAAUAUUACCCAGCAGAAGACGAAGGCCAGUUGAAGAAGGCUCGGAAGACGGCGCACCCUACCAAAUAUCGGGCGUCACUCGCUCCAGGAACAGUCCUCAUCCUUCUCUCAGGCCGUUUCCGGGGCAAGCGCGUCAUUCUCCUUCGCCAGCUUUCUCAAGGCGUUCUUCUCAUCACUGGCCCUUUCAAGUCCAAUGGCGUCCCAAUCCGGCGGGUCAACCACCGUUACGUCAUCGCCACCUCCACGACCGUGAAUGUCACUGGCGUCGACGAGAGCGUACUGGAUCGCGUGAGCGGAGACGAGUAUUGGGCGCACGAAAAAAAGGAGGGCAAGGGCGAGGAGGAUUUCUUCAAGGAUAGCGAGGCGCCGCAGAAGAAAGAUGUAGACCCGCAGCGGAUCGAGGAUCAAAAAAGGGUGAACAAGGUACUAAUAGCCAAUAUUCGAGAGGUGCCUGAUCUUGAGGCGUAUUUGGGGGCGAGCUUCAGUUUGAGGGGCAAUGAGAGGCCGCACGAGAUGAACUUCUAG